AUGUUUGGUGACAUAUCUAUCAAGGUCAAAGGGGCCGACUGCGGCUUCGACGCCCUGUUCCUUGCCGUCAUCACCUCGAUUGGCGGCUUCCUUUUCGGUUACGAUAUCGGCCAGAUCUCCGGCACAAUCCUCUUCAACAAUUUCGUCGAGCGGUUCCUUAGCGAUGGCUCACCCACUAUCAAAUCUCUUCUUGUCUCUUUCUUCAGCAUUGGCUGUCUUGUUGGUGCUCUGAGCGGCGCGUAUAUGUCGGACUGGUUUGGACGACGAAUCAGCAUCGCUAUUGGGGUGUUCAUCUUCUUCAUGGGAGAUGUCAUUCAGGUUACCGCAACUAAGAGCUGGGUCCAUCUCACCAUGGGCAGAUUUGUUGCAGGCCUCGGGAUCGGCAACCUUUCUGUUGGUGUUCCCAUGUUCCAAUCUGAGUGCGCUCCACGUGAGAUUCGAGGAGCCGUCGUCGCUUCAUACCAGCUCCUAAUCACCAUUGGUAUACUGUUUGGUAACGUUGUCUGCUAUUUCAUGCGCCCCCAUCAAGAUGAAAACGACUCAUGGCGCCUCGUCAUCGGCCUGGGAGCCUUCUAUUCGAUUCCUCUUGGAAUUGGCAUUUUCUUUGCUCCAGAAUCACCAAGAUGGCUUGCUGGCAGGGACAACAAAGAUCCUGGCAAUGUCCUUGUUGAGAACGACAUGCACGAAAUGAAGGAAGUUUUGGCGUUGGAACGCCAGAGCGGCAGUGCCUCGUGGAUUGAGUGCUUCUCGCUCAAGUCAAAGGUUCCCAAGACCCGAUAUCGUACCCUCCUGGGUAUGGGCCUUCAUUUCCUGCAGCAAUGGACCGGCAUCAAUUACUUCUUCUAUUACGGUACUACCAUCUUCUCAACUGCCGACAUCAAAGAUCCAUUCCUGGUGCAGCUUAUUCUCGGCGCCGUCAAUGUUGCCACCACUCUUUUCGCCGUCUAUCUAGUUGACAAGCUUGGUCGCCGAUGGCCUCUGAUUCUCGGCGCAUUAUGGCAAGCUUUUUGGAUGACGAUUUUUGCCUCUAUUGGCACCGCGACCAACCAUUCCGCACCUUCGAAUACCUUGGGUGUCGUCAUGAUCCUGUCAGCCUGUAUGUUCAUUGCUUCGUUCGCGGCUACCUGGGGUCCCAUUGCCUGGGUUGUCAUGGGCGAGACGUUUGCUCUACGCACGCGUGCAAAGCAGGCCUCAUUGGCCACAGCAGCCAAUUGGCUUGGUAACUUUUUGAUCGGGUUCCUCACCCCGCAUGCCGAUAAAGGCUUGUCGUACGCGUUUGGGUUCAUCCUAGCCAGCGCCAAUCUCGCCGCUGCCGCCAUAGUUUGGAUGUACUUGUACGAGUCAUCGCUCCUCAGUCUAGAGAGCGUGGACAUCAUGUACAGCAUGCACGACCUUGCGCCAUGGGAGAGUGCCCGCUGGGUACCCCCCGGAUACGUCACACGCCAGGAGCGAGAUGAGCAGCAUUUCCGCAGAUUGAGCAUACAAGAAAUGGUGGAGAUGGCGAACAGGGAGUCCAGUGCCAAGUCGGACGAGAAUACCGCCUGA